AUGUCGCGGAGCCUGUCCCGCUCCGAGCACUCGCUGCUGUCGCCGCGCCCCGCCGGCCCCGCCAAGCCGCCGCCCGCCGGGAAGCCCAGCCGCAUCCCCCGCGGGCCCUACGCCGAGGUGAAGCCCCUCAGCAAGGCCCCCGAGGCGGGGGGGGGCGGCAAGUGCGACGACGAGCUGCUGGGUGGGAAGGGGCCGGCGGUGGCGGCGGGCGCUGAGGAGAAACCCUACCUGAAGGUGGACCCCGAGCUGGUGGUGACGGUGCUGGGCGACCUGGAGCAGCUCCUCUUCAGCCAGAUGCUGGACCCCGAGUCCCAGAGGAAGAGGACGGUGCAGAAUGUGCUGGACCUUCGUCAGAACCUGGAGGAGACCAUGUCCAGCCUGAGGGGCUCUCAGGUGACUCACAGCUCCCUGGAGAUGACCUGCUACGACAGCGACGAAGCCAACCCCCGGAGCGUCUCCAGCCUGUCCAACCGCUCCUCCCCGCUCUCCUGGCGCUACGGGCAGUCCAGCCCGCGCCUGCAGGCGGGGGACGCGCCGUCGGUUGGGGGGACCUGCCGCUCCGAGGGUACCCCCAGCUGGUACAUGCAUGGCGAGCGGGCACACUACUCGCACACCAUGCCCAUGCGCAGCCCCAGCAAGCUGAGCCACAUCUCCCGCCUGGAGCUGGUCGAGGCACUGGACACCGAUGACGUGGAGCUGAAGUCGGGCUACAUGAGCGACAGCGAUCUGAUGGGGAAAACGCUGACGGAGGAUGAAGACAUCACCACGGGCUGGGAUGAGAGCAGCUCCAUCAGCAGCGGCCUCAGCGAUGCCUCCGACAACCUCAGCUCGGAGGAGUUCAACGCCAGCUCCUCGCUCAACUCCCUGCCCUCCACCCCCACCGCCUCGCGCAGGAACUCGGCCAUAGCGCUGCGCACGGACUCGGAGAAGCGCUCGCUGGCAGAGAGCGGGCUGAGUUGGUACGGUGAGGGGGAGGACAAGGCGCCCAAGAAGCUGGACUACGACAGCAGCAGCCUCAAGAUGGAGCACAGCUCCUCCAAGUGGCGGCGGGAGCCCUCGGAGGGUGGUGAGGAGGGGCCCAAGGGCGGAGAGCUGAAGAAACCCGUCAGCCUGGGCACCCCGGGCUCCCUCAAGAAGGGCAAGACCCCUCCGGUGGCUGUGACCUCCCCCAUCACCCACACAGCCCAGAGCACCCUCAAAGUGGCAGGCAAGCCUGAGACCAAAGCCACUGACAAGAGCAAGCUGUCUGUGAAGGGCACAGGGCUGCAGCGCUCCUCCUCCGACGCUGGCCGGGACCGCGCCGCCGAUGCCAAGAAGCCACCCUCGGGUCUCACGCGCCCCUCGGCCUCCAGCUCCUUCGGCUACAAGAAACCGGCUCCCGCCACAGGCACAGCCACCGUCAUGCAGGCGGGCGGCUCGGCCACGCUCGGCAAGAUCCAGAAGAGCUCCGGCAUCCCCGUCAAGCCGGUCAGUGGGAGGAAAACAAGUUUGGACGUCUCCAACGCAGCCGAGCCUGGCUUCCUGGCCCCAGGGGCUCGUUCCAACAUCCAGUACCGCAGCCUGCCCCGGCCGGCCAAGUCCAGCUCCAUGAGCGUGACCGGUGGCCGUGGCGCCAACCGCCCGGUCAGCAGCAGCAUCGAUCCCAGCCUGCUGAGCACCAAGCAGGGCAGCAUCUCGGUGUCGCGGCUCAAGGAGCCGUCCAAGAUCGGCGCCGGCCGUGGCACGCCAGCCCCUGUGAACCAGACGGACCGCGAGAAGGAGAAGGCUAAGGCCAAGGCGGUGGCACUUGACUCCGAGUGCGGGACGCUGAAGAGCGUCAGCUCACCUGAGAGCACCCCAAAAGCCCAGGCCAACCUCCCGCCGGCGGCCAAGGUGGCCGAGCUGCCCCCCACGCCUCUCAGAGCCGCUGCCAAGACCUAUGUGAAGCCUCCCUCGCUGGCCAACUUGGACAAGGUCAACUCCAACAGCCUGGACUUACCCUCCUCCAACGAGCUGCACCCCCCACACACUGCCAAGCUCCAGGACCUGCACCCGGCUGGCGGGCACCUCGCACCCUGCUUCAGCCCCAGUCCUGCCCCCAUCCUCAACAUCAACUCGGCCAGCUUCUCCCAGGGCCUGGAGCUCAUGGGCGGCUUCAGCGUCCCCAAGGAGGGCAGGAUGUACCCCAAGCUCUCAGGCCUGCACCGCAGCAUGGAGUCCCUGCAGAUGCCCAUGAGUCUGCCCAGUGCCUUCUCAGGGGGCAGCACCACCACCCCCCCUGCCCCUGCGGCCGCACCCCCCGCCAGCACGGAGGAGGAGGAAGAGGCAGGGGAGCUGGGCUGGAGCGGGAGCCCCCGGCUCUCCCAUCUGGACAGUGCCAACCGCGACAGGAACACGCUGCCGAAGAAAGGGUUGAGGUACCAGCUCCACUCCCAGGAGGAGGCCAAGGAGCGGCGCCAUUCACACGCCAUCAGCAGCGGGCUCCCCGAGUCGGACGACCAGCAGGACCUGCCCUCGCCCCCUGCCCUCCCCAUGGCGCUGGUCGGGAAGGGGCCGCUCACCAGCAUCGUGAGCCCCACUGCUGCCACAACCCCGCGGAUCACCCGCUCCAACAGCAUCCCCACCCACGACUCCACCUUCGAGCUGUACAGCACAUCCCAGAUGGGCAGCACCCUCUCCCUGGCCGACAAGCCCAAGGGCAUGAUCCGCUCGGGCUCUUUCCGGGACCCUGUGGACGAUGUUCAUGGAUCGGUGCUGUCCCUGGCCUCGAGCGCAUCCUCCACAUACUCCUCCGCUGAGGAGAAGAUGCAGUCUGAGCAAAUCCGCAAGCUGCGCCGUGAGCUGGAGUCCUCGCAGGAGAAGGUGGCCACCCUGACGUCCCAGCUGUCUGCUAAUGCCAAUCUGGUGGCAGCUUUUGAGCAGAGCCUGGUGAGCAUGACGUCCCGCCUGCGGCACUUGGCUGAGACCGCUGAGGAGAAGGACACGGAGCUGCUGGACCUGCGAGAGACCAUUGACUUCCUGAAGAAGAAGAACUCAGAGGCCCAAGCCGUGAUCCAGGGUGCCCUGAAUGGCACUGAUGUCACCCCCAAAGAGCUGCGCAUCAAGCGGCAGAACUCCUCUGACAGCAUCUCCAGCCUCAACAGCAUCACCAGCCACUCCAGCAUUGGCAGCAGCAAGGAUGCUGAUGCCAAGAAGAAGAAGAAGAAGAGCUGGGUGUACGAGCUACGCAGCUCCUUCAACAAGGCCUUCAGCAUUAAGAAGGGACCCAAGUCAGCCUCGUCCUACUCAGAUAUUGAAGAAAUCGCCACACCAGACUCGUCGGCCCCCUCCUCCCCCAAGCUGCAGCAUGGCUCCACAGAGACCGCCUCGCCCUCCAUCAAAUCCUCCACGUCCUCCUCCGUGGGCAUCGACACGGCUGAGCUCUUCCAAGGCCAUGGCGAGGGCGAGCCGGAGAAGAAGGAAGUGUCAGAGCUGCGGUCAGAGCUGUGGGAGAAGGAGAUGAAGCUGACGGACAUCCGCCUGGAGGCCCUCAACUCGGCCCACCAGCUGGAGCAGCUGAGGGAGACGAUGCACAACAUGCAGCUGGAGGUGGAUCUCCUGAAGGCAGAGAACGACCGGCUCAAAGUGGCCCCGGGACCCUCGGUGGUGCCAGGCUCCGUUCCUGGCCACAUCACGAGCACAUCGGCCUCUUCUUCCCCGCGGCGCUCCCUGGGUCUCACCCUUGGCCAUGCCUUCAGUCCCAGCCUGGGGGACGCAGAUGUGUCCCCCAUGGACGCCGUCAGCGCUGGCACCCAGAAGGAUGAGCUGACGCUGCGAAUUGUGGUGCGCAUGCCACCCCAGCACAUCAUCAAGGGGGACCUCAAGCAGCAGGAGUUUUUCCUGGGUUGGACCAAGGUGAGCGGGAAGGUGGACUGGAAGAUGCUGGAUGAGGCCGUUUGCCAAGUCUUCAAGGAUUACAUCACCAAGAUGGAUCCUGCUUCCACGCUGGGGCUCAGCACCGAGUCCGUCUACGGCUACAGCAUCAGCCACAUCAAGCGCAUCCUGGACACGGAGCCACCGGAGCUGCCGCUUUGCCGCAGGGGCCUGACCAGCAUCGUCGUGACGCUCAAAGGCUUGAAGGAGAAGUGUGUGGACAGCCUGGUGUUUGAGACUCUCAUCCCCAAGCCCAUGAUGCAGCAUUACAUCAGCCUCCUGCUGAAGCACCGGCGGCUCAUCCUCUCGGGGCCCAGCGGCACCGGCAAGACCUACCUGACCAACCGCCUGGCCGAGUACCUGGUGGAGCGCUCGGGUCGGGAUGUCACCGAGGGCAUCGUCAGCACCUUCAACAUGCACCAGCAGUCCUGCAAGGACCUGCAGCUGUACCUCUCCAACCUGGCCAACCAGAUUGACAGGGAGACGGGCACGGCAGAUGUGCCCCUGGUCAUCCUCCUGGACGACCUCAGCGAGGCAGGUUCCAUCAGUGAGCUCGUCAACGGUGCGCUCACCUGCAAGUACCACAAAUGCCCCUACAUCAUUGGGACCACCAACCAGCCUGUGAAGAUGACUCCAAACCACGGCCUCCAUCUCAGCUUCAGGAUGCUGACCUUCUCGAACAACGUGGAGCCGGCCAACGGCUUCCUGGUGCGCUACCUGCGGCGGAAGCUGCUGGAGUCAGACACGGACGUCAACGCCAACAAGGAGGAGCUGCUGCGUGUGCUGGACUGGGUGCCCAAGCUUUGGUACCACUUGCACACCUUCCUGGAGAAGCACAGCACCUCCGACUUCCUCAUCGGUCCCUGCUUCUUCCUGUCCUGCCCCAUUGGAAUUGAGGAUUUCCGGACCUGGUUCAUCGACCUGUGGAACAACUCCAUCAUCCCUUACCUGCAGGAGGGGGCAAAAGAUGGACUCAAGGUCCACGGGCAGAAGGCAGCCUGGGAGGACCCCGUGGAGUGGGUGCGGGACACCCUGCCCUGGCCAUCGGCGCAGCAGGACCAGUCCAAGCUGUACCACCUGCCCCCACCCACCAUCGGGCCCCACAGCACCGUUUCCCCUCCUGAGGAGCGCACCGUCAAAGACACGACACCCAGCUCCCUGGACUCGGACCCUCUGAUGGCCAUGCUGCUGAAGCUCCAGGAAGCCGCCAACUACAUCGAGUCUCCGGACCGUGAGACCAUGGUGGAUCCCGACCUGCAGUCGACUCUGUGAGGCCCGGACGUGCCGGCCCAGGCAGAGGGGAGCCGCCGCCAGCCUCCUGCCAGGCUGCUCUCCUUUUCCUUUGGCAUCCCGGAGCAUGGGGCUGGCGAGCGAGCGGAGAGGACCGGGGCUCCGGCGCGUCCGGGCGGAGCGUGGGGAAGCUCGGCUCAUCUGUGGGAGAGCGCGAGGUGCCGUGUCCCCUCCCGACCUUGGGGGUAGGAGAAUCCUGGUUUCUCUUCUUGGUUUUUUCUGUCUCUAUUGCAAACUCUCGGGCUUUGGGGCCAGGGCAAACCAUGCGGCUGAGCCCCGGCUCCCGAGAGCUGCAGGAAGGCCCCUGCGUGGGGCAGGGACCCCGCGGGAGCCACCUGUGCUGAAGCUGGGGGGCACAGGCAGAGCGUGUGGCUGCAGGACGAGAGUGUGGGCGCGGGGGUCUGCAGCCCCCUCUCCACCCCACCAGGCACAGCUGAGGGCAGGCGAUGGGCCCCGCUGCUGCAGGACGUGCCCACCUCGCGCUGGCCGAGGGGAGCGCGGCUCUCGCCACGUCUUUGUACGUUCCCCAUUCCACCCGCAUGGCAGCCACUGUGACCAGGACAGCCCAAUAAACCCUGCUUUGGUUAUUUUAUUUUGUUUUUCCCCCUCCCAUUUUCCUUUGGCCGAGUCCAGACUUUGCUUUGGUCCCUUUUUUUGUUCUGGUUCUUCUCUUGCCUGGCCAGGAGCCCGUGGCCCGGUGCCCACCGCUUCCCCCUAAGCAGCUCCCUUUCCCUUUGGUUUCUUUUGCAGCUGUUGGUUCCACCACUCAAACCACCUCUGUCACAAACUGGUGCUCACUGGACAAUCUCCAGUCCCUGAACCCACCUCCCAGGGCCUCACAGCUUGGCUGAGAUGGGAUGUGGCAGCCGGGGACGGGGGGUGCUCCCAGGGCAGCCCCUUGCCUGGUGCCCCCCCUCUCCCCUUCCCCAAAAGCACAAGGCAGAGUCUGGGGACCAGGCCAGGAUGCCAUGGGGCAUGUCCCCAGGGUACCCAGUGCUGGCCAUGGGGACAUCACUGCUGCCCUGGGCAGCCCAACGCCUGCCCUGUCCCCUCAGUGCUCUGGGGGGGGCACAACCUGCCCCACGUCCCCUCACUGCUCUCAGGCCAGGGGGCUGUGGGCUGGUGAGUGGUGCCUGGGGGUAGUCCCCAUGCCGCUGGCUCCCCAAGGCCCUGUGCCCUCCUGUGCCCUGGCAAGGGUCUCUGCCCUGUGUCAGGGGUCUGGGGACACCUAAGGCUGCCACUUGUCCUCUUGGCCCUGUUGUGUAAUGUCACAGGCAAGGCUCCUGGCAUGGAGGGGAUCACCCCGGUGCUGCCGUGGUGCCUUAGUCCCCGCCGAGUGGGAAGGGGGCACACGGGGCCUGUGCUGGCACCUUUGCUGCGGUGUCCUGUGACUGUCCCCACAGCCGCCUUGGCGGGGAGGGGAUGGGGGUGCUAGCACUGCCCUGAGCACGGCCAGCUGGGGCUGCUGCCAUCGGCUCCUCUCGCAUGCCUGUCCCCAGGCACGACUCGGGGCGCUCUGCGGGGCCAGCACCUCCCUCCCCUCACCCAGCCGGGCUCUGUGCCCGCUGCUGCCUUUGGCCAUGGCCCAGCUCGGCUCCCGCCCUCCGCCGUGGCCCUGGAGAGCCUUUUGGGGCGAGGUGACCCCAGAGCCGGCUCUGCCGAGCCUGUCCUUUCCCCUGCCCCCCUAGGCUGGGGACUGGGCAGCCUCGGCCCCCCUGUGCGGAGCCUGGCGUGGCCUUCAGGGACACCUCGCAACCCUCCGCCUCGCUGCCGGUGCCCCUGGGAGGCGGCCGCCACCUCUGCCCUUGGUGCUCUCUGGGCCGGUGCCUCUCGCCUCGCCGGCCGGCGCAUCCCAGUGCAAUGGUGCUCACUUCUCCCUCUGUCCCCCAGCCUCCCUGCCCUCUCCCCGCUGCUGCCCCGUGGGGCCGGCCAGCCCGGCCCCAUUGCACAGGGACGUCCCUCCCCACGCUGGCUUGGACGCUAGGGCUUUCUGUUCGCCUUCUCUUGUGUUGCCGCCGUCGGCCAAGGACUCGCUGUAAAUAGAUCCGUAGUCGAACGCCCUGCGUGGGUUGGUGGGGCCCGGCCCUGCGCCUCGUUCCCUUUUUUUUUUUUUUUUUUUUUACUCUGUGAUAACUGUGCUGUGCUGACUUCUUUUCUGAUUGUACGAGACACCGGCUCAGCAGCCGCUCGAGGCCGGCGGUGGGGACCCGGCUGUCCCCUCCAGCCCCUCACCCUCCUCGGGGCUCUGGUGCCCAGGGCAGGAAAGGGCACGAUGCACCUUUGGGGGCUCUGAGGAGUCCCGUGGGCGUAGGGGGCUCACGCACCCCUCUGGCUUUGCAUGCCCGCAGGCAGCCUGGGCUGGGCCUGGCUUUCUUUUCUGACACCCCCACAGAACCACCAAAAUGUCGACCAAAUUGUCCCCGUCACUGGUUUGCUCGGGGCUCUGCUGCUGGGCAUCCCCUGCCUGUUUCCUGGGGGUUUGCCCCGUCUUUUCCCGGUGCGGGGGUGUCUGUCGCCCCGUUACCCUCAGCCAGGCCGCGCUGGCAGCGAGUGGCACCCUGUGGUGUAAAUCAGGAGGAAUCCCCGAGGGGAAGGGCGAGAGCGAUGAUGGCACAGGGUAGGGGCUUUCUGACCUGGAGGGGUCAGGCCCUGGUGGGUUCCUCCUGGCUCACACCAAGCACCCCGUGUCCCCAAGCGUGGCAGUUGGGUGUCCCCCAGGGCUGCUAGUGUCUGUGGGCUGAGCCCCUCUGUCCCCACAGGGACAGGGCCAAGGGCUGCACUAACUCAUCCCCCUGACACCCCCGAGGGUGCCUGUGACCCCCAAAGGAGCCCUUCACCCUCCCAGGGUGCCUGUCACCCCCAAAGGUGCCUGUCACCCCUAAGGGUACCUGUCACUCCAAAGGAGCUGGUCGUCCCUAAAGGUGCCUGUGACCCCCAAAGGAGCCCAUCACCCCCCAAAGGUGCCUGUCACCUCCAAAGGUACCUACUGCCCCCAAGGGUGCCUGUUGCCCCCCAAGGAUGUCUCUGACCCCCAAAGGAGUCUGUCACCUUCCAAGGGUGGCUGUCACCUCCAAAGGUGCCACUUGCCCCCAAAGGUGCCCGUGGCCCCUGGGAGCACCAGGAGCCCUCCCGAGGGGCUGGAGCCAGGCGUCGCCAGCGCCUCACCCUCCUGCCCCCUCGAGCUGCUGCCGCCCGGUGGCCUGAACCUUACAAUUUUAGCUUUUUUCUAUUAAAAACAACCAACCUUUUUUUAAUUAAAUAAAAGACGAAAUGGACAAAUUCCUGUUUUAGAUGAUCUGUGUAAUUGACUGGGUUUUGUGUUUCUUAACUGCAUGGUAUUCCUGCGAGGGGUUUUAUAGCACUUUUUAAAUUUCUCUUUAAGAUUUUGGUCCAGAUUUCUACUGCUCUCGCUUGUCUGUCUUUGCUUUUUCCUUGCCUCCUCCAACUUUGUAAACUCGCUCCAUUUUAUACCUGAUGUUGAGACCCAACCCCACGUUGUACAUAGCUGCGGGAACAAUCAUAGGGAACAAACACCAUCUGGACUCUUUCCACGAUUAGUUGUUUUUACUUAAAAGAAAUUUUAAAAGAAGUAUAAGAGGAAGCCAGGGAAAGGCUUGAGGUUAUUACGAAAGACAGAAGCAAAUCCAGCCCUGCGCCAAGUCAGCUCCUGCUGCCCACGCUGCCCGCACCACCCGGCAUGUCUUGUCUCGGUCGUCUGUCUAACACCAUUGGAUUCAAUAAAGUUAUCUCCU